AUGGAGGCCGUACCGGAAAGCAUAUCGUUCCCUAAGACGGAAGAGAAGAUCUUGGCCUACUGGGAAAAGAUCGAUGCAUUCCAAGAGUCGCUCCGACGCUCCGAGGGUAAGCCGGAGUACUCAUUUUACGAUGGUCCGCCGUUUGCCACUGGCCUGCCGCACUACGGCCACAUCCUCGCCGGACUGCCUAUCGAGUUUGAAAUCGACAAAGAGCUUGGCAUUAAAACUCGCGAUGACGUCCUCAAGCUGGGAAUUCCCAAGUACAACGCCGAGUGCCGCAAGAUCGUGAUGCGAUACUCUUCGGAAUGGGAGAAGAUCGUCGGACGACUGGGCAGGUGGAUCGAUUUCCAGAAUGACUACAAGACGCUCGAUCCGUCCUUCAUGGAGAGCGUGUGGUGGGUCUUCAAGAAGCUCUACAAGAAGGGUCUCGUCUACCGAGGUUUCAAGGUCAUGCCGUACUCAGUCGGUUGCUCCACCCCUCUCUCCAACUUCGAAGCGAACAUGGCCUACCGUGACGUUAGGGACCCCGCUGUGGUUGUUUCGUUCCCGCUGGUCGAUGAACCCGAGACCAAGCUGGUGGCCUGGACCACUACGCCCUGGACCCUUCCCAGCAACUUGGCGCUCUGCGUCAACCCCGACCUUGACUAUGUGAAGCUCAAGGAUAAGAAGACCGGCGAGGUGUACAUCCUGUGCGAGGCGCGAAUUGCUCAGCUCUACCCGCCCACGAAGAAGGGUAAGCCCGAAGACGAGUACGAGGUGCUCGACAAGUUCAAGGGCAUCCAGCUCAAGGACAAGCAGAACGCGAGAACGGCGCUUUCCGCGUGCUGGCCGAUUCGUACCGGCGUGGUCCAUUGCGCUCCCGCGUUCGGUGAGGACGAUUUCCGCGUGUGCGAGCUGGGCAAGGUCAUCAAGAAGGGUGGCGAGGGCGUCCCCUGCCCCGUCGAUGCCAGCGGCCGUUUCACCGAGGACGUUCCCGACUACAAGGGAAUCAACGUCAAGGACGCCGACAUCGAAAUUAUCAAGAGGCUCAAGACCAACAAGCGAAUGGUGCAGAGCGGCACCAUUCUCCACAGCUACCCCUUCUGCUGGAGGUCUGACACUCCGCUGAUCUACCGAGUUGUCCCCAGCUGGUUCGUGGCUGUUGAGAAGAUCAAGGACAGCCUCUUGGUCAACAACGCCGAGACCUACUGGGUGCCCGCCUGGGUCAAGGAGAAGCGAUUCCACAACUGGCUCGAGGGCGCUCGCGACUGGGCCGUGUCGCGGAAUCGUUUCUGGGGCACUCCUCUUCCGAUGUGGGUCAAUCCCGACCACCCCGAGGAGAUGAUUUGCGUUGGUUCCAUCAAGAAGCUGGAGGAGCUCACCGGCCAGAAGGUCACCGAUCUUCACCGCGAGAGCGUCGACGACCUCACCAUUCCCUCGCCUUCGGGUCGCGGCGUCCUCCGAAGGACCGAGGAGGUGUUCGACUGCUGGUUCGAGAGCGGUAGCAUGCCCUACGCCCAAGUCCACUACCCCUUCGAGAACAAGGAGCUCUUCUCGAAGUCCUUCCCUGCUGACUUCAUUGCCGAGGGUAUCGACCAGACUCGUGGUUGGUUCUACACCCUGCUCGUUCUGUCGACGGCUCUGUUCAACAAGCCUCCCUUCAAGAAUCUGAUCGUCAACGGCCUCGUCCUUGCUGCUGAUGGCAAGAAGAUGAGCAAGAGGCUGAAGAACUAUCCCGACCCUGUGAUCGUCAUCGACCAGCAUGGCGCCGACGCGCUCAGGCUCUACCUGAUCAACUCGCCCGUCGUGCGCGGUGAAGAACUCCGAUUCGUGGAGAAGGGCGUCAAGGACGUCGUCAGGGAUGUGUUCCUGCCCUGGUUCAACGCCUACCGAUUCUUCGCUCAGGGCGUGACUCAGCUCGAAUCGUCCGGCGCCAAGUUCGUUCCUGAUGAGCAAGUGGCUGUGGCCUCUGACAACGUGAUGGACAAGUGGAUCCUCUCCUUGACCAACACUCUGCUCAAGUUCGUGCAGGAGGAGAUGGCUGCCUACCGCCUCUACACCGUGGUCCCCAAGCUGGUGAGCUUCAUCGACCAGCUGACCAACUGGUACAUCCGACUCAACCGCAAGCGCAUCAGGGGAAAUGACGGUGACCAGGAGCGCCUCUACGCCCUCAACACCCUCUUCAUCGUCAUCUUGACCAUCACCAAGGCGAUGGCGCCCUUCACGCCCUUCUUUACGGAGUACCUGUACCAGAACCUGCGCGUCCUUCUGCCGGCCGACCAGCGCGAGGACAGCGUGCACUACAUCAUGUUCCCCGCUCCCCGCGACGAGUUCAUCAACCUCGAGAUCGAGGAGUCCGUCGCCCACAUGCAGAGCACCAUCGAGCUGGGUCGUGCGGCCAGAGACAGGAGGAAGAUGCCCCUCAAGUACCCGCUGAUCGAUCUCACCGUCGUGAGCGCCAACGAGAAGCCCCCCCCCUGGCCUCGUACAUUCGCGCGGUAA